AUGGACAGGAGCUGUGUGCAGCCCAUCAAGCUGGCCCAAGUGACCAAAGUGGUGGGCCAGACUGGCUCCCAAGGCCAGGUGGAAUGCAUGGAUGACACCAGCCACUCCAUCAUCUGCAAUGUGAAAGGCCCAGUCCGAGAAGGAGACAUUCUGAUGCUCCUGGAGUUGGAAAAGGAGAGCAGAAAGCUUCUGCUGAAUUUCCGAACAAGCCUGGGGCCUGCCACCUGGGGCCCAGCCAUUUCACACCAUGAUGAGGAGGAUGCUCCACCAGUGCAAGACAGAGAGAUACACCAAUCUUCUCUUGGAUCCUGGGAGCAGCAGUGA